UCCUAUCACACAAAUUCAUUUCCAGCUAAGAAUUUUGAACGACAAUUUGUCUAAGAUAGGUACGCAUGACUUUCAGAAAAUAUAUUCCUUCGGUGUUUACAAACCGUCGGGUCAUCAGUCAACGAAUACUCUUCGUUCCGAUCAGUCUCUUACUUGUUGUUACUGCUGUAAAUUUACAAAGCUGUCCAGCUUCGACAACAAUCAAAAUGGCAUCACCAGAUUUUUACAAAGAGGCAAAAUCAAUUCAUGAAUUCACCGCUGUAGACAGCUAUGGAAACGACAUUUCGUUGGACAAAUACAAGGGCAAUGUUGUCCUAAUCGUCAAUAUAGCGUCCAACUGUGGCCUUACUCGGAACAACUAUGCCAAAUUGACGGAACUCAAAAAUAAAUAUUACGAUUCGGGUCUUCGCAUUUUAUCAUUUCCAUGCAAUCAGUUUGCCUAUCAGAUGCCCGAAGAAGAUGGCGAGGCGAUGACGUGUCACUUGAAGGCGGCGAAUGCUGAAUUCGGCGACGUCUUCAAGAAAAUCAAUGUUAAUGGCGACGAUGCGAUUCCGUUGUACAAAUUUUUGAAGCACAAGUUGACGGGAACUCUUGGCACGAGUUUUAUUAAAUGGAAUUUUACCAAGUUCCUGGUCGAUAAGGGUGGUGUACCGGUCGAACGAUUUUCGCCCACCACAGAUCCGAUGGAUAUUGCAAAGAAAAUUGAGGAAUUGUUGAAAGCGUAAGAUGAGCUCACCGAAAUUUAUUUGGGUUUUCCGAUGGCGUACAUCGAUGUGUAUUGGUUGAAAUAAAUUAUUUAAAUUUUUU